AUGUGGGAACAAGCAUAUAAGUUGAAAGCAUUGGACAAUAUAACAAAUAAGAUUAUUCAAAAACGUAAAAGAGGCAGUAAUGAUAAUGAUGAAAAUGAGUUUGACAAUGAUAGGACUAGGACUUCUGAUAAUGGCAAGAUUGAACCAAUGAUCCAAGAAAAUUGUGAAGAAAUAGAUACUUCUGCAAGAGGACAUAAUAGCGACUUCACAGUUUCCUCAUUUGGUGUAGAAGUGAGCUCUAAACAAAUAUUUACAUGGGUCUAUGUAAUACAAAAAAUGGAAAUAAAGGAAAAUUCUUUAAAGGAUUGGAUUGAUAAUGAUGGACACAAUUUUUCAGAUGAUUUUUGGCAAUUUCAGAAGUCAAUUAUUGAAAAGCUAAAAAUUGAUCCAGUUUUAAGUUAUGUAACUGAUCUUGAGUCCAUAAUUGCCUUAUCAAGCAUAAUGGUAUUAAGAAAGAACAAAAAACCAACUUAUGUUUUAUGUACUGACAAUGGAUGGCAAAUGGCAUUUCCGCACAUUACCUAUAAAUUCAAGAUAUCAGCCCUUAUCCAAGUCAUUCCUUUAAUGAUGGGUGAUUUGGUUGGAUUUGAAGAAUUGCGGAGGUUGAACUGGAGUAAAGUGUCCUUAUUGGAAGAUCAAAAUGAUAAGAGGAUAUUUGAUUCAAUGCAGAUUAUAACAUGUAAUUUCUUUUACAAUUUACCAUAUGGUAAAAAUAAGAAUUUAUCAAACAAAGACACCUAUGUUCACAGAACUUGUCAUGCAAUCUUGGAGGAAAUCUUCCAUGUUGAAACCAUGCAAAUUGUAUGGGCAAAUGGAGAGAAUGCAAAUGAGAGUGAAAUUUUAUUUGGUGAAAUUAAGCCACCAAGAGUGGAAAAUCAUGAUGAAAUGUACGGUGUACUCAUUAAUGGAAACAGAAUUGAGUUUUGGAGAAUCACUUUAAAUUAUGAUGGCUUAUACCAGCUCUUGUCUCUAGUUGAAAUGAAUUUUCCUACUGAGAUGACUAAGCAUUCUUAUUUAUAUUAUAUAUUUCAUUUUAGGAGCUCAUUGUUGAAACUGAACAAUGUAGCAAGAGAAAGUGUAACUCCAACUCAGUGA